AUGUCAUUUGAACGUCCAAGCGUGUAUUCGGCGCCAGUCUUGCAAGGUGAAAGUCCAAGUGACGACUCCUUCAACCAGAUUACCAAAGCUUUUCGUAAAUUCAUUUUGGAAUUCAGAUUGGAUUCACAGUUUAUUUACAGAGACCAACUACGUGAAAAUUUGCUAAUCAACAAUUACUUUCUCAAGGUUGAUAGUGAACAUCUUAUUGGUUUUAAUGAAGAGUUAAACAAGAAGUUGACCGAUGACCCUUCUGAAAUGAUUCCACUUUUUGAAAUUGCCAUUACCGAUAUUGCUAAAAGGAUUGCAUAUUUGUCAAAGGAUGAAAUCCCUACUAAUUUUCCAACUUGUCAGUUGAUCCUCUAUUCGCAAGCUAACAAGGUAUCAAUAAGGCAUUUGGACUCGGAACACAUUUCAAAAAUUGUCAGGGUAAGUGGCAUUGUUAUUUCCGCCUCGGUUUUGUCGUCAAGAGCCACCGAAGUGCAAUUGAUUUGUCGUCAGUGCAAACACACCAUGCAAUUGAAAGUCAAGUCUGGUUUUGGUCCUAUUCAAUUACCUAAAUGUCAGAGUCCCCAUAAUAUUGAUCCAAAUUCGACGCAAGAAAAAUGUCCACAAGAUUCAUAUGUGAUUGAUCACGACAAGUCACACUUUGUAGAUCAACAAAUAUUGAAAUUACAGGAGUGUCCCGAUAUGGUUCCAGUCGGUGAAAUGCCUCGCCAUAUUUUGUUGCAAAGUGAUAGAUAUUUAACUAACCAGGUUGUCCCUGGUACCAGAGUAACUAUUGUUGGUAUUUACUCGAUCUUUCAGUCUAAACAAAGAGGGGGUAACAGCAGUGCUAGUAACGUUGCUAUUCGUAAUCCUUAUUUGAAAGUUCUUGGAAUUCAGACUGAUAUCGACAAUGGUGCCAACGGACAAGGUAUCACUUUCAGUGAGGAAGAAGAAGAGGAAUUUUUGAAAUUGUCAAGAAUGUCCAACUUGUACGACGUAUUUGCCAAUUCCAUUGCUCCUUCAAUUUAUGGAAAUCUGGAUAUUAAAAAGGCAAUCACUUGUUUGUUGAUGGGUGGGUCCAAGAAGAUUCUUCCUGAUGGAAUGAGAUUAAGAGGUGAUAUCAAUGUUUUGUUAUUAGGUGACCCUGGUACUGCUAAAUCCCAAUUGUUGAAAUUUGUGGAGAAGAUUGCUCCUAUCUCGGUGUAUACUUCAGGUAAAGGUUCGUCUGCUGCUGGUUUGACUGCCUCUGUUCAAAGGGACCCUCAAACUAGAGAUUUCUACUUGGAGGGUGGUGCAAUGGUGUUGGCUGAUGGCGGUGUUGUUUGUAUUGAUGAAUUUGACAAAAUGAGAGAUGAAGAUAGAGUGGCCAUCCAUGAAGCAAUGGAACAACAAACAAUUUCUAUUGCCAAGGCUGGAAUCACAACAAUUUUAAACUCAAGAACUUCUGUUUUGGCAGCAGCAAACCCAGUUUUUGGAAGAUAUGAUGAAUUUAAGUCUCCUGGAGAAAACAUCGAUUUCCAAACAACAAUCUUGUCUAGAUUUGACAUGAUUUUCAUUGUUAAGGAUGACCAUAAUGAAAGUAGAGAUCUUUCUAUAGCACACCAUGUUAUGGAUGUUCAUGCUGGUGGUAAGACGCAAGAGUUGCAACAAGAAGGGGAAAUUCCAGUGGAAACAAUGAAGAGGUACAUUCAAUAUGUCAAGUUGAGAUGUGCGCCUCGUUUAACUGCUGAAGCCUCUGAGAGAUUAUCAUCACAUUUCGUUUCCAUUAGAAGGAGAUUGCAAAUCAACGAAAAUGAAAUGAACGAAAGGUCGUCUAUUCCAAUUACUGUUCGUCAGUUGGAAGCCAUAAUCCGUAUAACAGAAUCAUUGGCAAAAUUGAGAUUGAGUCCAAUUGCCACGGAGGAACAUGUAGAGGAGGCCAUUAGAUUAUUCACUGCCUCGACUAUGGAUGCUGUUGACCAAGGUUUUGGAAACAGUGCUGAUGCUAAUUUGAAUGCAGAGAUCAAGAAGGUUGAGCAAGAGUUGAGAAGAAGAUUGCCAAUUGGUUGGUCUACAGCUUAUAGGACCUUGAGGAAAGAGUUUGUCGAUUCGGGUAAAGCUAGUAGCUCGGCUUUGGAAAAGGCAUUGUAUAUUUUGGAAAGGCACGAAGUUGUUAAAUUCAGACACCAAGGCCAAAAUAUACUUAGGGUUGGAGUUUAG